AUGUCCUCCAAAUGCAAAGAGCGCAAGACUGCUCCUGUAUCCCACAAAGUGAUCGAGAAGAGGCGAAGAGAUCGGAUCAAUCGCUGUUUGAACGAACUUGGCAAGACUGUGCCGAUGGCACUGGCAAAACAGGGCACUGGGAAACUGGAAAAAGCUGAAAUUUUGGAAAUGACAGUCCAGUAUUUAAGAGCCCUCCACUCAGCCGACUUCGCCAGAGGAAGAGAAAAGGGCGAGCUGUUGGCAGAAUUUGCUAACUAUUUCCAUGCUGGUUACCACGAGUGUAUGAAGAACCUGGUGCAUUACCUGACCACUGUGGAGCGCAUGGAAACCAAGGACACCAAAUACGCUCGGAUACUCGCCUUCUUGCAGUCCAAAGCUCGCCGCUGCACUGAUCCGAUUUUCGGCCCAAUCUCGUCUCACGACACAGAGUAUUCCUACCAGUUUCACCCCGCUCCAGAAUUCACAAACUCCCCGCUGAACGAGUCAUUGCUCCAGCCGGGAGCCGGGAUGGCGAGAACGCAGCCACUGCACUGGCACGGCUCGGCUCGGAAUUCCGGGAUCCCCUUUAUCCCGAGUCCCACCGUACCCAUCACCAACCCGGGACAGCAGCACAACUUCCUGCACUCCGUGCAGGGCCUCGAUCGCCAUUACAUUAACUUUAUUGGACACUCUCAUCCCAAUGCAUUCAGUUUACACAGCUCCCACCAGCACACGAGCUUAUAG